UUUAUUCUGUUUUUCUAUCCGCGAAGUGCAGAGUUUGACGCUAUGGCAAGAACCAAGCAGACCGCCCGUAAGUCCACCGGUGGCAAGGCGCCAAGGAAGCAGCUCGCCACUAAGGCUGCCCGCAAGAGCGCGCCGGCUACCGGCGGCGUGAAGAAGCCUCAUCGUUACAGGCCCGGCACCGUGGCUCUGAGGGAGAUCCGUCGUUAUCAGAAGUCUACUGAGCUGCUCAUCCGCAAGCUACCCUUCCAGCGCCUGGUGAGAGAAAUCGCUCAGGACUUCAAGACCGACUUGCGUUUCCAGAGCUCGGCCGUCAUGGCCCUGCAGGAAGCGAGCGAGGCAUACCUGGUCGGUCUGUUCGAGGACACCAACCUGUGCGCUAUCCACGCCAAGAGAGUGACCAUCAUGCCCAAGGAUAUUCAGCUGGCCCGCCGUAUUCGCGGAGAACGCGCUUAAACCACAACUCCGUCUAAUAAACACAAAGGCUCUUUUAAGA